UAACUCAAAUACCAAACAUCUGUUGUGUUACGGAUCCUCGAGCGCCAUGAGUGACCUGGAGAGUGAGAUCGGCAACAGCGCUGAGCUGCGGCAGCGUUCUUUGCCGACGGAGAGGUUCUUCCUGAUGGGGAACCCCAAUCUGAUGGGUCUACCGUUCUUCAGACACCAUCAGGAGCUGGAGGAGGACCGCGCCUCGCUGCUGGACUCAUCACAGUUCCUUGAUGUCUCCGCCUGUGACUCUGACGAGACUGGAUCAGGGCUGGAGCUGGUCCAGCGACCCUCUACACGCUACGGGACCUGGAAGUGUGUGGAUGAGGGCCUCACGCUCACGUGGAGGGACCUUAGCGUGUACAUCCCACAGAAGAAGACCUGGUUCAGGAGCAGUGCCAAGAACAAGGCCUUCAAGCGUGUCCUCAAUAACGUUUCCGGAGCUGUUCGACCUGGUAGUUUGGUUGCGUUAAUGGGAGCCAGCGGAGCGGGCAAGUCCACCCUGAUGAACGCCCUGGCUCACCGGACAGCGGCGGAGGUGGUGGUUGACGGAGAGAUCCUAGUGAACGGACGCCGUUCAGGUCGAAGCAUGAACGCCAUCUCGGGCUACGUUCACCAAGAUGACAUCUUCGUGGGGUCCCUGAGCGUCAAGGAGCAUCUUACGUUCAUGGCUCGUCUCCGGAUGGACUCGAGGACGUCCCCAUCUGACCGGACGAGUCGGGUUCGAGAGCUGAUGAAGGAACUUGGACUGACCAAGGUCCAGAACUCCCGGAUAGGCGUCCCUGGCAUGAACAAGUCCCUAUCCGGAGGCGAACGCAAGCGACUAGCCUUUGCCACCGAGAUCCUGACCGACCCUCCGCUUCUCUUCUGCGACGAACCAACCACCGGACUCGACUCCUUUAAUGCCAAGAAGUUAGUGCGGAUGAUGAGGGAGAUGGCGGCUCGGGGCAAGACUAUCCUGUGCACUAUCCACCAGCCAUCCACCGAAGUCUUCCUCAUGUUUGAUAAACUCUUGGUGCUGGCGGAGGGACGUCUGGCGUACAUGGGGUCGUCUUCUGGUGCUCUGGAGUUCUUAGAUGGUCUGGGUCACAAGUGUCCAGCGACCUUCAACCCCGCCGACUUCUACAUUCACACCCUCGCUGUCCAGCCGGGUCACGAACUGAGGUCACGGGACAGGAUUAAGCGAAUCUGUGACAACUUCGCCGUGUCCGCCUACGCCAAGGACAUGGACCUCAUCAUCCAGUACCAGGAUAAUAUGGGCCUGCAGAACCGGGAUAGAGAGGUGAGAUAUCCAAGCCGGCUGCCCGGCUGGUGGAUUCAGCUGUACUGGCUCACCUGGCGCUCGUUCGUGGAUUCAUACAGGAAUCCGGAUGUACAUGGGAUCAGGAUAUUGCAGAAGAUUCUGAUGGCCGUGUUAAUAGGAGCGUGCUACACGGGCGUGAUGCUGAACCAAGCGGGCGUGCAGGACAUAGAGGGGGUGCUGUUCAUCUUCAUCACCGAGAACACGUUCCCUUCCGUCUACGGCGUCCUCAACACCUUCCCGCAGGAGCUGCCGCUCUUCCUCAGGGAGUACAAGAACGGCAUCUACCGCUGCGACGCUUAUUACGUCUCCAAGAUGCUGGCUAUGGUUCCAGGGUUCGUGGUGGAUCCUGUUAUCUUCGUGACUGUCUGUUACUGGAUCGUCGGCCUCCAGCAUCACGCCUACCAGUUCUUCAUGACUGUUCUGAUUGUUAUCUUCACUGCUAAUACUGCCUCUGCUUGUGGGGCGAUGUUUUCUGCUAUGUUUGACAGCAUCCCUUACAUCAUGGUCCUACUCAUCCCGUUUGAUAUGAUGCUUCUCAUCUCCGGUGGACUCUUCAUUAACCUGGCGUCUUUGCCCUGGUACAUAGGAUGGGUCAAGUAUCUAUCCUGGUUCAUGUGGAGUAACGAGGCCCUUACAGUGACUCAGUGGAUAGGUGUACAGAAUAUAACAUGUGAGACUCCUCCGGACGUGCCCUGCUUGACUACAGGAGACGAGGUCAUCUCCAAGUACACCUUCAGGAGCUGGCACCUGCCCUUUGACCUUUGCAUGAUGACCACUCUAUACGUCGGUUUCCAUAUCAUAGGUUUCUGUGGCCUGUACCUCAGGGCUAGGAGGAAGUAGAAUUUGAAGAAUUCAAAAUAAGAAGUAGAAGUAGAAAGGAAGUAGAGAUGGAAGUACUGUUAAUAGACGGAAGAGAAGGUAAUAGAUGGAGAAUAUAAUAGAAGAGAAGGUCAUCAAUGCAAGCGAAGAUUCUAGAUAGAAUAGAAGAUAAUAGAUACAAGAUAAUAUAUAUAAUAUAAUAGAUAUAAGAUAAUAGAUAGAAAAUAAUAUAUAGAAGACAAUAGAUAUAAUAUAAUAGAUAGAAGAUAAUAGAUGAAAUAGAAGAUAAUAGAUAGAAGAUAAUACUAACUUCUUUUACUGGAAAGGGAGACA